CUGCACUGAAGGUCAUCUGAUGGGUCCAAGUAACAAUUGGCAUUGUGAACAGAUUGGAGGCUUUCCAAGUCCUCCCCUUUGUCUCCUGAGAGCUUCUUGCAAUGGCCCCUAAGAAGAAGGAAGAGCCCCCACCUCCUCCACCCAAACCUCCAGAGCCUGAGCGCCCUAAGACCCCACCGUUUGACCCUGCAACAGUCACGCUGGAAUUCACACCCGAGCAAAUUGAGGACUUCAAAGAUGCUUUCCAGCUGUUCGACAGGACACCAACCAAUGAGAUGAAAAUCACUUACGCCCAAUGUGGUGACCUGAUUAGAGCUUUGGGACAGAAUCCUACCAACGCAGAGAUCAUGUUUGUGCUUGGAAAGCCCAAGGCUGAAGAAAUGCAGUCUAAGAUGCUCGACUUUGAUCAGUUUCUGCCCAUACACCAACACAUCUGCAAGGCUAAGGAUCGUGGAACAUUUGAGGACUUUGUGGAAGGUCUGAGGGUGUUUGACAAAGAGGGCAACGGCACAGUUAUGGGUGCUGAGCUCAGACACGUCCUGGCAACACUGGGUGAGAAGAUGCGGGAGGAUGAGGUGGAGCAGCUGAUGCAAAACCAAGAGGACGCUAAUGGAUGCAUAAAUUACGAAGCUUUUGUAAAAUACAUUAUGGCAUCUUAAAAAGGAAAAAGAAGACCCUGAAUUUUUGAUGGCAGAGGAUCUUUAUGUUUCUGUAAAUCCCAUCUUGUAUAUUUCUCAUUUCUAUGUGUCUCAGAUGGGUCAAUAACUCAGCAAUAUUUCAUCUUGUUUUUCUGAGACCCCUCGUGUUGCUGCUGUGUACACAUUGCACAUUGCCCGUGUUCAUAUUGUA